AUGGCCAAGCUAGAGCAGCGCAACCUUCAAAAGCCGCGAGGGGAGCCAAAGCACAAGCUGGACUCUCUCAAGGCAAAGACCAGCGUCAAGCAGAGGUGGGACAAGAAGAUGAAGGAGAAGGAGCGCGUUCAGCGCGUGCGCAACUUGUCUCAGCAGCUCAAGGAUGAGAUCAACACGGAGCAAAAACGAGCCGCAGAGGCUCGCAAGGCAAAUCAGCAGCGCAAGAUCGAAAACGAAAAGAAAAACAUGGUCGUUCAGAAGAUCAAGAACGAAAAGGCGAUUCGAAAGCUGAGCCCAAAACACCGCCGUGCCGCGCGCAUCUUCAUGCUACAUGAGCUCAACUAG